AGGGAAGUUGGUUUGUAAAACUUGAAUGAAUUUUAUUAUUUUCACUUCAAACCAUCCAAAGGGUUUAACAGUCGCUCUUUUCUGACGCGGGCUAUUUUGGUGAAGAGUUUCAUGGCAGUCCAGUCUGUGAGACUUGUGACAGCCAACAUGUUGCUGAGUGUCUUCUUUCUGUCUGGUGCUUACGCUGCUUGUGAUUAUGUGGCACACCUUUCAAUUACAACACCUCAGAAGAUGGAAGCACUGAGUGGAUCCUGUCUGCAUAUCCCAUGUACCUUCAUUACUGUCGAAAGCUCAGGGACAUUUGACGGAACAAAACCAAUCUCUGGAGUGUGGACAAAAGGAAAUGUCGCUGCAGGUCAAGUGAUUUUCGACAGCAGCAGGAGUGAUAAUAUCUAUCCAAUGAAUAUCACUGGAGACCUGAGUCAGAACAACUGCACCACUUUAUUUUCCAGUUUAAUCUCAAAUUACACGAACACAUACUUCUUCAGAAUUGAGAAUAAGCCAUUUCUGGCAACAGCUGCUUGUGAUCCUCUUCAAAUAAAAGUUAAAGAUUCUCCUCCGAGCCCCACAAUUGAGAUCUCAGGUGAUGUGAAGGAGAACGUGUCUGUCACUAUAAGCUGCUCCGCUGCAACUCCCUGUCCACACGACCCUCCUCAACUCACCUGGACUCUCCAACAAAACCCCGACAACAUAAUAAAGGAAAACGCAGAUCGGACCUUCACAACUGAAAUCCAGAAGACCUUCAUUCUGUCAGACCAACAUGAUGGAUUGAACAUCACCUGCUCUGCCAGUUAUCCUGUGAAUGAAGGGACAGAUCACAAGACAGCAGAGGAGACAAAGACUCUCAAUGUUUCAUAUGCUCCCAAGAACACCUCAACGUCCAUCAGUCCAUCCUCAGGUUGGGCAGCAGACAGCAGGGUGAACCUGAGCUGCUCCAGCACAGCCAACCCUCCCGUCAGCAGCUUCACCUGGUUCAAGAAGAGCAACGAUGGAGCCGUCAGAGUGUCUGAAGGAAGAUGUUACAGCUUCAAUGUGACAUGUGGAGGGGUUUAUUACUGUGUGGCCACAAAUGGUCUCGGUAAUCAAACCUCUUCAGACAUCCAGCUCACUAUAGAAGAACCAUCUUACACAUCUUCACGAGAUCUUCUAGCAGUGAUCAUCAUUGCGAUCAUCGUGCUCAUCUCCCUGCUUGUCUGUGUUUGUACUCUCGUGUGUUGGAGAUGGUUUAAGUCGACACGUUCAACUCAACAACCGACUCAGAGUCAAACAGCUGAAGAGCUGGCUGUUAAAGAGCCAGCACCAAAAACAGAAGAAGACAUCCAUUACGGAGAGAUCGACUUCUCCAAGCGGAGACCUGAACAGCCCUCAGAGCAAGACGGUGCACUGCAGCAGGAAACUCUGUACGCACAGGUCAAAGUGCCCGAGACAGCAAACCGCUCAACACCGACUGAUGACGAGGCGCUCUACGCCCAAGUGAAGAGGAAAUGAGGGUUGUUUGUGUCAAGACGCAGAAAACAUUUGAAUAUAAUUCAUGAUAUGUACCUUUAUGUUUAUUACAUAUAUAUCUAAAUUAUAUUACUGUACCGUAUGUUUUUAUGUUUGUAGAAAAAGACACCUGGACAUGAAAAAGUCAUUUUCACUGCUUACAGUUCAAUAAAGGGAAACUCCAAACCUC